AUGCGUUGCACUCGACAGAUCAUUGGUUCAGCUUUUGGAUGUUUGGCUUUCGUCCUCCCGGCCCAAGCUGCUCCUGUUAUCGAUGCUGCCCCGGCACAUCCGUCUUCCACCCCCGUUCAGUUUGCUGUCGGCGCAAAUGGACCAAACGCACCGGUCGUGUUCCCGCUGUCAAAUGGGUUCCCAAACGUAACAAGAGGCACACCAGCUUUCCAAGAACUCACGGUGCAAGCCCAUGGCUCUAUAUCGAACGCACCGCCUCCACCAUCCCUGGCCGCUGAUGACCUGCGCAGCUUCAAGGUUGUUCAGAUCCAAGAGACUUUUGAAGUCUAUUACUUCACUCAGUUGCUGCUCAACAUCACCAACAACGUCCCCGGCUUCGAGAUCAGCGACCCAUCGUUGAAGCAAGACCUCAUUGAGAAGUUGACGGUCAUCCAGGGUCAAGAGCAGUGGCAUGCCAUCAAUGCCGGCGGGGUUCUACAACACUUUAAUGUUUCCCAGAUUCAGCCUUGUGUCUUUAAGUCUCCGGCAACCGACCUCAAAAGCGCCCUCCACAUUGCUGCGAACUUCACCGCUGUGGUCAUCAGCACCCUUCAAGACGUCGCAGUCCGACUUGGGCAGAACGGGGACUCGGCAGUCAUCCGUGGCAUUGUUUCUGUGGCUGGCCAGGAAGGAGCACAGCAAGGCAUUUACCGCACGCUACCUGAUGACCUUGUCCCCUCCGAGCUCCCGUUCCUGACCCAGUCAACCCGUGAGUUUGCGUACUCGUCACUUCAGCAGAACUUCAUUGUGCCUGGCACCUGUCCCAACGACAACACCAUUGAUGUACCCAUUUUUGGCACUCUGAACGUCUUGACCACGAACAUUCAAGCUGUCGACCAAGUUCUCAGCUUCAGCAUCCAGGCAGAUUCGACCGAAGGCCUCAGCCUUGUGUACCUCAAUCAACAGAACCUGCCCAUCGUUGAGACAAUCGUCAGCCCGGCGACCAGCAACGGCGUGACCACUUUCUCAGCCAACUUCCCAUUCAGCCAGAAUUCAAUGAAUGGCCUGACGAUUGCAGCUGUCGUCAAUUCGACCGGACCGUUUGCGAAUGCCAAUGAGGUUGCGAACAAGACCCUCUUUGGUCCUGGUCUGAUCUACCCUGACUAG